GAGACAAUUAUGUUUUGAGUUGACACGGCAGUACUUUUUUAUGUACAGUAUCAGAAUAUUGAAAUGAAUUGUAUAUUUAACCGUGUUUCAUAUUCAUAAUGACUGAAACGGAAAGUCGGUAUUUUGCUCUAUAUACGUACCAUACAAAUAGGUCAACAACAGGAAAUGGGGGCUCAACUGUCUCAGAUGAGAAAGAGAAAGAAGUAUCAGACUUUUUACAAAGGGAAGCAAGAUUCAACAGUGAUUUCAGUCUCUCUGUAAUAACAACUAACUUAAAAGCAGAGCUUGAGACGACAUUAAGAGGAUUCAUAGCAACAAGGCUAUCAAAGGGAACUGUCUUCAGUGGAAUUGGAGAUGUCACUGAUAUAGAUCUAGGCAGAGAUGAGAGCCUACAGUGCUAUUAUUAUCAUUUAAGACAAGCGAAUGAUGAUCAUGUGACUGAUGAUGUGUCAUCGAUGUACACGUCAGAAGAGUAUGUAGUUUGUUUCCUAGCAGCUCCAGAAGAGAGUCUAGAUUUAUUUCGUGUAGACCUAGAUUCCUAUAGCGAGGACUUACUUCCUAUGUUGGAUAGUGAGAUGAAAGAGGUGAACCAAGUACAGGUGUACCUAUCCAGGUGGCAUCAAGAAUCAGUGCAAUAUAUAACAAGGUGUAUCAACAAAUUAAACAAACAACUUUCAAUUCUUCUACAUGAGGCAAUCUCAAAUUCAAAGCUGGAGGUUGAAAGUGAUGAUAGUGUUACCAAGUCAGAGAUUAUAAAAUUCAUGCAUUGCUGUAGCUUGUCUGAUCUUCUCCAACAAGCUAAUAACCGAGAUGGUGGACAGCAGGACACUUCGUCUGAGCCUAGCCUCAUAGACUUUGAUGAGUCCGGCUCUAAGCUAUUUGAAGUAAAGUCAGAGAAUGUAGUAAAGAUGUGUAUUAAGGGAGAUGUCAUUACAUUUCAAAAUUCAGUUCAAAACGAUUUCUGUCAAGAAUGGAUGCAUACGCUCUUAGAUGGGCCUAACGACAAACCAGCAUACAGUCGUCAAGUGAUCGAGAGUUAUAAGCUCAGAGUCAUACAAGAUAUGAACCUUUUGAAACGUUUAGUGCGACAAGCCGAGUCUGAUCAUUACGCCCUUUAUAGGGCCUUCAUAUUCUUACGGAAGUGUGGUAACUGUGAAGUACUUCUUAAGCACACCAACAUAGACUGCUCUGCUAUGUCUGAAGAUGCAAACCAUGUCCUCAAUAUAUUGCAGGAGUUUGUAAUGCAAGAUACAUCAUCCUAAUGUACGUCGUACAGUUUAAUAGUAAUUAUGGUCAUUGCUAAGUUACACCUGUGUGAAGUACUUCUUAAGUAUACCAACAUUGACUGCUCUGCUGUGCCUGAACAUGCAAACUGGGCUUUGCCACAGCAUGCCAAUGGAUAUGGGACUGUAAUACAUGGUACCCCAACUUAACCAUUGCAUUAUUGAAUCUUGAUAAUUGACAAUUUUCAACAAUAUGCUUAUGGAAGUACACAAUACCACAGCGUUACAAAUAUGAUUCAAGUUGGACUGGAUGAAAGAAGGUGCUACAAUGCCUCUGGUCAAAUGUUUGUAAUGCAUGCUACAGCAGCUCAAAUAAUGCAUUAUUUAAGGCAAGACGCUUUUAUGCUGUACCUCGUUUUGUGAACUUAUUCUUUUAGAAAUCGUCAGAGGAGGGCGAAAAAAAUAAAGGUUUUCCAAAAACAUCCAGACGGAGGAGAAAAUAAAAAUACAAUUUUAUAGUAAUAGGAUAGUUGAAUCCUUUGAACUUAUAUAAUUAGGAAGAAUAUACAUACAGGUAUCUUAUUUUUCAAGUUUUAAUGCCAGCAGCGGGCGUAAUAAAAAUACAGAGAAACUAUUUUUUUUCCUGAAAUUUCCUUUUUGUGGCGGUGGGUGCGCUAAUUGGCCAAAAAUAAACUUUUAUUUUUAUUUGAAACCAUCAAUAUUGGCAGGUUCGCGAAACAAGGUAUAAAAAAGUCUCGCCUAACAUGGGCUAUGUGAAAGAAAAACAUUGCGUCGAUGCCCCUUAUUGUCGGGGGUUUGUGCUUGCAACUUUACAAAAAAAUCAUACAGUGUAAAGUGGCUGUAGAUUAUCAUUGACAGUAUGUCCAUAUAUGGUCAUGAUGUGAUGUCAUGAUGACCAUAUUUAGGCAUGUCACAUGGUUUUUUCAAAUAUAAUGUGAUAGUCUGGAUAGAGCUUAAUAGUAAUAGUCAUUCUUACACCUAAGUGUAAGUUCAUGUGAAUGUUUGCUUAAAUACAUUAUUUUUUGUUUUAAACUUUUUUAGGUAUAUAUAUUUAAAAAAUAACCUUUUCAAUUACCCAAAAGGUAUAUCUCAAAUAAGUAAACAAUAAAACAUUGCCAGUGAUUAAUAACAAGACAUGGUAUCAAGAUUUGGUUGUAUUCUCAGUCCUCCCAAGUCUCCUAAAUUGCUUCCAGCAAUUUUUGGUUCAUCUCCCGGUUUCCCGGAAAUUCCAUAUUUUCUCCCAGAAUUUGAAUUUCUCUUGGAUUUCUAAAGGAUUUUAAGAGAUUUUCACAAUUAGGGCUUAUGCUAAGCUACAUUUUUCCAUUCUUAUGCAUUAAAUAAGGCAGACAUAAGAUUUAUUAAACAUUCUAGGCAGUAAAUGUUAUUAAUAGUGCCCUAAACCUGCCCAAGCCUCUUUGUUUUUAUAUCAAACAUGGCGAUAAAUGUGUACAUGCAUGUAUUUGUCAUGCAUGUACUUGUACAUGCGUUUUUGCUUGUACACUCGUCGCAAACCUCUGCCUGUUCUGCACGACAAAUUCUGCAGGAAUUUGACUUUCACAACUUUGGACCCCUGCUUUCAGCUUCAUGUGAUACAUAGUGUAAUAUUUUAUUUGUAUUUUAUUCCUCUUUUCUAAAAAAAAAAAUGUUUUCAUCGGUUAAAUUAUACAGCUGCUGUAUUAUAUACACAGAGUAAAAUAAAGAGGAAUGUAUAAUAAUAUGCC